GAGAAGGUACACAACAGUUUACACUAGUACUAAUAUACUACUACACCCUACCAAACAACUGUUGUAGUAAACGCUCGGCCUUUUUCCUCUCUCUCUCCCUUUACUUUUUCUCUCCCUCUCUACCAAGAAGAAAAAAAAAUGUACACAAAGUAUUGAACAACAACAACAACAACAAAGAAAUACUCCUAAAUUCACCAUAGCCAUGGAGUUCCAGGACCACUUCUCACAAGAAAUAGCCCUUCAUCAUCAUCAACAACAACAGCAGCAGCAGCAACAUCCAAACGUCACCGUUUUACGUUCUAUGUUACCUAAUGAAUCACCUGAUAACAACAACAAUAACAACAACAACAACAAAUUACAACCUACUUGGCUCAACACUUCCCUUCUCCGUCAACAACACUUCGCCGCAGCCGCAGCCGCAGCAGCAUCUUCACCUUCCGGUGGUGGUAACAAUAACAACAACAACUUCCUCCACCUUCAGACCUCCAACUCCGACUCGUCAAACUCUAACCAGUGGCUCUCUCCUACCGGAGGUGAGCUAUCAAAAAUGAAUCAAGCAGCUGCUGGUGGUGGAGGAGGAGAAGAUAGUAAUAAUAUCAAUAAUAGUAAUACAAAUAAUAACAAUGAAGAAGAACAUUCGUGGGAGAGAGAAAAGUGUAAAGCGGAUAUUCUAAACCAUCCGUUAUACGAUCAGCUACUGUCGGCUCACGUAUCGUGCUUGAGAAUUGCAACGCCGGUAGAUCAACUACCUAGAAUUGAUGCACAGUUAGCCCAGUCACAGAACGUGGUUGCCAAAUACUCUGUACUUGGACAAGGUCAACCUCCUCUCGAUGAUAAAGACCUCGAUCAAUUUAUGACACAUUAUGUUCUGUUGCUCUCUUCCUUUAAAGAACAACUGCAACAGCAUGUCCGUGUUCAUGCAAUGGAAGCUGUCAUGGCUUGCUGGGAGCUAGAACAAUCUCUACAAAGCUUAACAGGUGUAGCACCUGGUGAAGGUACAGGAGCAACCAUGUCUGAUGAUGACGACGACCAGGCUGAUAGUGACACAAACUUUUUGGAUGGAGGUUUUGAUGGACCAGAUAGCAUGGGUUUUGGUCCUCUUGUACCUACUGAAAGUGAAAGGUCCUUAAUGGAGCGUGUUAGGCAAGAACUCAAGCAUGAGCUCAAACAGGGUUAUAAGGAAAAGAUUGUUGACAUUAGAGAGGAAAUUUUACGCAAAAGAAGAGCAGGAAAGCUUCCUGGUGACACUACAUCUGUCUUGAAAGCAUGGUGGCAAUCACAUUCCAAAUGGCCUUAUCCAACUGAGGAAGACAAAGCACGAUUAGUGCAAGAAACAGGUUUACAACUGAAGCAGAUUAACAAUUGGUUUAUUAACCAAAGGAAAAGGAACUGGCACAGCAAUCCAUCAACAUCUUCUUCUCAGAAAAGCAAACGCAAGAGUGCAGGUGAAAUCAAGCAGUAAAAAGACCGGCGACGAGUAAUAUGGAAGUAUUUAUAUUGAGCAGUGUAAAGCUUCAUCACAAAACCAAAUCAUGGAAGGCUAGAAUUUGGGAAAACUGAAUUAAUGAGUUUUUGGCUUGAAGUAAUUCACAACAGAAAGUUCCCAAGCUGACCUGGUUGACUAAGAUAUGCUUUAAGAGAGAAAAGAGUAUAGAUAAUUUGUGAAAGUAAUACUAGCACUUUCUUAUUUUAUGAGGUUAAUUUUCUCUGUUUAAAGCAAAAUAUUUAGCACAACAGGUUCCAGUUUUAUAUAAUUUUGUUUACUAUAAUGUAUUUUGGAGGCUAUGUUGUAAUUUUGAAUGCUAGUGUUACUCAUUUUUGUGAAUACAAGUUAGAGAUUAUAAAACAGAUCACCCAAUAUUCCACUCA